AUGGAUGUGACACAAAAAGAUCCACCUCAGCCUCCUGAGGUUAGAUUGCUUCAUUUUGGAUGUGAGUACUUGCUGGAAGCUAUGGUAAAGCGAUCCUUUAAUAUCCUGGAACAAGCAGACAGUGACUCGUCCUUCAGAAAACUGGAGGAACUCUGCGCUGAAGAUCCUAGGUGUCUUGAAAAAGCUCUCAGUGAUGUCCUAUUCGCAAUGGAUUCUGGCAAGUUAAUUAAUUUUUGGAAAACAAUCGAAACACAGUUUGUUCAUUAUAAACGUCAGAGAGGCCCAAGGAGCAUCAACGAAUACGUUGUACCAGCAAAAUGCAGAUUAAUUAGACGCGUCACCUUUACACCUACACGUACCCUUCUGUGGCCAGCGGAAUUGAUGUGUGAGAACAGAAUUCUCAGAAAUUUCGAUUCAGAGUAUUUUUUGCGUGUUACUUUUAGAGAUGACGAUAUGCUAACAAUGAACUUCAGGCGUUAUGAUUACCGAAUGUUUAUAGAAACCAUCAGUUCUCCGAUGAACUCGGGUCUUGAAAUUGGCUCAAGAAAGUACCAACUGCUGGCGUGGUCCUCUUCGCAACUCCGUGAACAUGGGGUAUCCAUGUACGCUCGCGAUUCCAAAGGUUUUACCGCAUCGGACAUUCGUAAUUGGGUGGAAAUUAGCCCCAAUACAACUAUGAAUGUACCAAAAUGCUUAGCGAGAAUCGGACAAUGCUUUUCGCAAACAGAAGAGACGCUGCGUGUUCCUUUGGACGACAAGCAUGUUCGAGUUGAGAAUGAUGUAGAAGGUGGAAGGAAUCCUUUCACCUUGCAGCCGUACUGUUUUACUGAUGGGGUUGGAAAAAUUUCGAUGAAGUUAGCUAAUAAGGUUAGAAAGACUCUUCGCCACGACAAAGAUUGCAGUGCCUUUCAGAUCCGUUACAGUGGAUUUAAAGGAAUGCUAGUGAUAGACCCCACCCUUGAGGAUGCUGAUAUUGUGUUUCGUCGAAGCAUGGAAAAGUUUUGUUCGCGCGGAGACGGGCACACGAAACUAGAAAUUGCCAAACCAAGUAGCCCAAGUAAUGUUUUAGAAGAAAUGCUGAAAACUUUGACUGACAUGUUAAUCGACGAAGAAGUCGCUAGGAAUUAUUUGAAUGCGCGAACACCUUUUAGCGACCUGAAAUUUAAUGAGCUAUCUCAGUCUGGAGUUGGUUUGACUGCGGAGCCAUUUUUCAGAACUCUUUUGCUGGCACUUCAUAGAUAUUACAUUGACCUUGUGAAAACAAAGGCAAACAUUGAUGUAGAUCCUUCAGAAGGGAGGAAUAUGUUUGGAGUAAGUGAUGAAACAGGAAUGCUUAAUUACGGGGAGGUUUUUGUCCAAUAUUCGAGAGAUGUAACAAACAAUGUGACAACACCAGACGAUGCCAUUAUAUUGACAGGUCCAGUGAUGGUAACUAAAUGUCCAUGUGUCCAUCCUGGUGAUGUUCGCAAAUUUACCGCUGUUGAUGUUCCCGCUCUCCGUCACAUAGUUGACUGCAUUGUGUUUCCACAGAGAGGGCCAAGACCACACCCUGACGAAAUAUCUGGAUCUGAUUUAGAUGGGGAUGAAUACGCCGUGAUUUGGAAGAAAGAUCUGUUUUUCAAAGGAGAAAACAAUGCCCCAGCCAAUUAUCCUAAAGUAUCUUCUUCCGAAUUUUCAAACGUGCACGACUUCCUUGCGUACUCAAAAACUAAAGACGUCGUUGAUUUUUUAAUUGAUUACAUCAAAAAUGAUCAAAUUGGUUCCAUUGCCUCAGCUCAUCUAGCUUGGGCGGAUCAAGGCAAUAUUAAAGAUGAAAAAUGUAUAGGGAUUGCAGCAAAGCAUUCUGUUGUGGUUGAUUUUGCUAAAACUGGAGUUUCGGCGCACUUGAGUAGAGAUGAAGUUCCGAAAAAAUGGCCGGAUUUCAUGGAAAGGUUCUGGAAAAGGAGGUAUAGAUCGAAGAAAUCGCUUGGAAAACUGUAUCGGAUAAGCAAGGAUUUUGAAAAUGAAAAUUUGCAUUCCAGUUUGCAUUAUCCAAACAUUCAGAUUGACCCAUCGUUAAUAGUUUCCGGAUGGGAGACUUUUGAAGCUUCCGCAAAUAAGUCCAAAAGCAAAUACAACAAUGUUUUGAGAACGAUUUUACAAACAUACGGCAUAAAACAUGAAACUGAAGCAUUCGGGGGAGCUUUCAUCAAAUUGCAUUCAAGGUUUCGUGAACGAAGGGACAGAUCUGAAAUCGUCAAUAUUGUUCACACAUGGAUAAAAGAAUUGAUCAAAGUAACGAAAGAAGACUUCAUGGCAGAGUUUGGGAACGCUGGUGGUUACCUAAGCGUAAAAGAUGUAACAGACAACAUUAAUAGGAAAGCUAGUGCGUGGUAUGUAGUUACCUAUCGUGAAAAAAGUCCAGAGUUUUUGAGUUUCCCGUGGGUUGUCUCUGAUAUCUUGUCGAAUGUCCGGAUUAUGAGAACAGAUCAAAUUCAAAAUAAAGAAUCGGUCUUUUUGCACAUGCCUUUGGUUUCAAAGCUCGAAAACAUGAUUCAGAUGAAUCUAGUAAACGGGCAAUUGAGAGGACUGAAUCGUGAGGCGAAACACUUUUUGAAUUCAUGGAGCUUUCUUGUUGACAGAUCUUUUGUUGAAACAGCUAUUCGUGUGCUUACUAAAUGGGCUCAAGAAGAACGUAUUAUAUCUUUUUCUGAAAACAUGCAGGAAGUUCUGUACUACAAAACGUUUCUGAGAAUAAUAUUCGUUGUUGCUGAACUCGAGGGAUAUGCUUAUAAAUCAGAAGUUGGUGCAAUUCCAAAGUGCUCGAAUCCAUCUUCUGCAUCCUUAUGCCUUGCUUUCUUCAAGUAUUGUGUGAAGUUAAGGUUUUGCAACAAGAAUCAAGUCCGUAGCAUUAUAGGCUUUGAUGUGUACAAAGACCGAACGUUGUCGAAACGAGCCAUGGUUACGUACCAUAGUAUUGCUGUUACAGGAUAUUUCCGCACGUUGUGCUACGAAGAAUUUUUCGACGGCUGUGACGAAUUGGUAGAAAUGAAACCUCUUACUAUUACGAGUAACAUAUUUGACGGAUCACCCAUUUCGGAAAGCGAAUUUUUAAAUGCCUCUUCAACUCUAGCAAAACUUUCGGAAGUAGAAGAGGUUUACAUGCGGGAAAACAGUCAAACUAAAAAGGUAAUUGUGACAGCCUUUGGAUCUGUCUCUGCUCUCCGUCGGCUAGAAACAUUGCUAAGGAAAGACGAAAUGUACUUGAAACUUCUGUUCAUUUCUGAUGGAGAUUUGCCUGCAGCACCUCCACAAAUUUUACCAGAAUUUUAAAUUUUUUUGUCAUUUCAGUUUAUUCGCUGAUUUAAAGGUGAAAUGAAGUUAGCGUUCUUUUAAUACCCACAAGAAAAAAGGAAAUUUGUUCCAAUUAUGAAGCAUAAUAGAAUUACACGUUGAUCUAAAACUGAAAAAAAAGGAAAAAAGUUUGCCAUUUUUCGUUUGUUCGUUUCGUUUCACUCGUCGAUAACAAAGUAAAUUGUAUUUUUUAUCUUUGAUUUUUUUAAAUGAUUGAUCUUGAAGACGUUAUUUAUACUGAGCAAUUCUUAAAG